CAUCCCCAGUUGAGGAUCAAAGACAGCUAACAUAAUGCUCGCUGUGGGGUAGAGAAGCGUGUUUGAUUGUUGUGCGAUAAUCCAUGUAUUGUCCACUAGAACGUCCCGAGGAUGUCAAGGUGAACUCAAGGCCGUCAGCUUUGAUGAGCUGCUUCCAAGAGCAAGGAACAUUUCACCCGCGCACGACAGACGACGUCGUCCGCUAAAAUGCGCCUGAAGUGCGCGUGACUACCGUGGCGCGGAAACAAGAUGGCGCAUGCUCGCUCUUGGAACUCAGUGUCGAUACCCUGAAGCGAAGCUUAUUUAGUGACUUUAGAAGUCACGAGCGAAUGCUUGGUGAACCGUGCUUUCAGCUGCCGUAGCUAUGGAAACGAUCCGCCAUCAGUCGCAUGGGCAGCCACUGGUGGCCACAAAAAAGCUUGUAUUUGAAAUCGUCUGCGGCAAUUGGCUGACUUUAUAUGUCUACGUGUGAAGGAGUGAGAGGAGGCAUGAAGCGGGCCUUCUGUAUCGAGGUGGUGCUGACCCAACGCACUCUCCCAGACCACGUGAUAGUCGCGCGUGAUAUAUAUCUCAAUGCCACCGCCAGCAGGCAUCAUUCUUCCAACCACUUCAGAGCAAUUUAUAGGGCGACAUAUGAGGUACCUUUAUCUGCUCCCGCAAAGAGGCUGGUGCUGUUCGUCGCCGACGGACUGCGAGCUGACAAGCUUUUCGAACUUCAGCAAAACGGAUCAUCUCGGGCUCCUUACCUGAGAUCAGUUAUAACGGGAAAAGGCACAUGGGGUAUAUCUCACACAAGAGUGCCAACAGAGUCACGGCCUGGUCACGUAGCUCUCAUAGCUGGCUUCUACGAAGAUGUCAGCGCUGUCACCAAAGGAUGGAAAACAAACCCCGUGGACUUCGAUUCAGUAUUCAACAGGAGCGAGCAAGUGUGGGCGUGGGGAGCUUAUGACAUCCUGCAUUUGUUUACGAAAGGAGUCCGUGGGAAGCACAUUGUUGCUCAUGCGUAUGAUUCUGACAACAUUGACUUCGCAGAUGAGGAUGCCUCCAGGCUGGAUAGCUGGGUUUUCGAUCAAUUCGAGGAAUUUUUACAGCUUGCUGCUAAGAACGAUUCAUUGGCCAAGCAGCUGAACCAAGAGAAAAUUAUCUUCUUCCUACAUUUAUUAGGCUUGGAUACAAAUGGACAUGGCCACAACCCUGAUUCCAAGGAAUAUUACGAAAACAUUGCUCUGGUGGACAGGGGCAUCCAAAGAACAGUUCAGCUCAUUGAGAAAUUUUUUGGCGAUGAUGGGAAAACGGCAUUUAUAUGCACCUCAGACCAUGGGAUGACCGACUGGGGUAACCAUGGUGCUGGCGACCCAACUGAGACUGAAACGCCAAUUGUUGCCUGGGGAGCUGGUGUCACACAUCCAAGACUAUCAGGAAAGGAUGUAUACUAUGAUGGUUAUGCUGAAGCUUGGAACCUGACAAUGUUCAGAAGAGUAGAUGUCAAUCAAGCGGAUGUUGCUCCUCUUAUGGCAGUGCUGAUUGGUGUGCCAAUUCCAGUUAACUCUGUGGGAUUGUUGCCAGUUGAAUAUCUAGGCACAGAUUGGCACUUCAAAGCUAUGGCUCUUCUAACAAAUGCAAGACAGAUUUUAGCCCAAUACAAGCAGCAGAAGCAUAAUGUUCAACUGCACAGUUUGUCCAUGUUCUUCAGGCACUAUAGGGAGCUCAUGCCGAAGCGACAGGUUGAGCUUACUGAUAUGGUAGAAACACUGUUGAAACAGGCAAGAUACAAGGAAGCGAUACAAGUAAUAGAAAAAUUUAUUGAACUUUCUCUGAAAGGACUUACUUAUUACCAAAGAUACGACAGAGUCACAUUGAGCAUAGCUGUAGCCCUCGGCUUUCUCUCAUGGAUAGCAGUUGGAUGCUUACUGCUACUGCGGUUUUAUACUGGUGUCAUGUCAGUAAAGUCCCUUGAGAGCCAGUCUCACAGAGCACUAUCCAAGCAACGAGGAAAAAUCAAAUUACUUCUUUGUUCUCUGGUGGUGUUUCUUUUCUCAACAGUGCUACUUUAUGUACAAGACGCUCCCUUCAUGUACUAUUUAUAUUUCUCAAUCCCUAUUUUGCUGGGAACAGUUGCAUUGUAUGAGAAUGAUGUUUACUAUGAAGCUAAAACAUACAUGAGACGCACUGAGGUGAAGUUGUGGUUUCUGGCUCUUGGUCUGCUAGCAGCUUUUGGUCUGGAACUGUUGGUGAUUGCAUUUUUUUACCGUGGAGUCAUGUCAAUUGGUUUGCUAUUGAUAGGAGCAUGGCCUUUUGCAACAACUGUUUCAAAGAAAGUGAGUAUAAUGUGGCUAAGUGGAUGCAUUGUACUCAGCAUAUUUCCAUUGCUGCCUGUUGUGGGAAGGCAACAGAAUUACACCCUUGUCACUUUGGCUGGAUGGCUGAGCAUCGUUAUUCUUGGUUACUGUGCAAGAAGACCUGAGCUAGGACUUGUUCGAAAUAGCCGCCAGAUAGCUAAGGAACCUCAGCGAGUUGUAAUCAUCACAGUUGUGCAGAUUAUACUAAUAUGGGUAGCAAUUACAAUUGUACGGAGCACGGCAGACAGUAUAGAACAGAAAGCUGGCCUACCAAUGGUUAACCAGGUACUGUCUUGGGUUCUGCUAGUUCUUUCACCUACACUGUGCUUCUUUUCCUCAACUAGCCUUUUUAACAGGCUUCAGAAUAUUAUGCUAUCACUGUUGGUGCCAUUUCUUUUGACAUGUAUAUCAUAUGAGGGACUGUUCUUUCUUGCACUUUGUUUUGUAAUGUUUCUCUGGAUAUGUAUUGAACAUGAGUUAUCAGGAUCAGGACACAGACUUCAAGACAUGACCUUUGAACCACGAAGUACAAUUUCAUCUUCAACAUCCCUGCCAUACCAUAUCAAGCUGGAUGAUGUUAGGAAAGCUUUCUUUUUUAUAUUCUUUAUGUUCGUCUCCUUCUAUGGGACUGGAAACAUUGCUAGUCUGAACAGCUUCUCUAUUUCCAGCUUCUAUUGUUUCAUGACAGUGUUCAGGCCAUUCUUAAUGGCUACUGUAUUGCUAAUCAAGGUCUUAAUUCCACUCCUGAUUGUGAGCUGUGCAUUCAGGGCAUUAUUGCAAACAAUCUGUGUAUCGAACACUGCAUUGUUCUUGCUGGUAAUGAUUAUGUCAGACUUCAUGGCCUUGCACUUUUUCUUCCUGAUAAAAGACAACGGAAGUUGGCUGGAUAUUGGCAUGUCAAUUAGUCAUUAUCUCCUGGCAAUGGGAAUGUCCAUCUUCACUGCAAUGUUUCACGGACUGGCAUGGUUUUUAACUUCAUUCACGUUGCAUCUAGGAGGUCGUAAUUUUAAACGUCAUUUUUUGUGACACUUUCUUUUACUAGUGUCAGAAAAGCAGUUUGACAAGAUCACACAUCAACAAACUGUGUAGUACAUGUCAAUGUACAUAUUUCAUGAUGUCUUCUGACAUGGGACUUUUUUCACAGAACCAUGGCAUGCAGUUAGGAAUGCGAUGAAUAGUGAAGGUUGAUUUCCAGCUAUCCCAGACCUGAGCAUGAAAAUGAUGAAAGAGAUGUAAGUAGAAGUGAUUUUCUUUUCCUGAAAAUUACAAAAAUAUAAAGUUUUGAGAAACAUCAAUGAAGAAUGAAAGCAUCAAUCCCAUCGCAUACAUCUCCUUUCACUAUUCCUCGCAAUCUGUCUUGAAAGAAAGUUUGGUCCGACUUCUGCAGUUUGAUAGUUCUUGAUGAAUCUGGAGCAGAUCAAAAUGUAGCAUUUUCAAAAUCAAGUGGUCUCUUUCAAUCUCUUUGUGAUCCAGUGAUCUCUUUGUGAUCUUUGUGUGUGUUGCAAAUGAGCAUCUACAGCAAAUGAUCUCAAAGUACAGUAAAGUGGGAAUGAAUGUGUGCACUAAGGAGUGUUGUGACAAGGAUCUGAUUUGUGACGCCUUUUCAGAACCGUAGACCAGCCAUUUGUACGCUUAGAGAUUGUACGACCUUUAACUUAACAUUGUGAAACCACUAUUGUCAGAAAUUUUGGAGCAAACAAUAUUCUAUAAACCCUCAUUAAUUUGAAUUUGCAUGACAAAGCAUAGGGUUCAAUAGAAGAAACCACUUGUUACUCGGUGCACCAACCAGAGUUGGGGAAAUUACUUUUAUUUUGUGAUUCAUUGCCAUUACUCAUUGUUGAGAAACCACAACGAAGAAUGGACUGAUGGUGCACGCAGUUAGCGCUCUCUGUAGUUCUAUUUGAUUUUGGUUUUGAUUAGUAAACAUUUGAAUGUGG